AAAAACCCUCAUAUUUAUGUCAACCUACCGAAAAUGAUACGUAUAUACCCUUAAGUUAGACAAUGCGAGCCAUGUAUUCUGAUAUGAAAGAAAUUAAACCAUUUCUUGCAAUUGAAAAUGUUCUAUAGCUGGAGGUUGGAAGCGAGUUUUACCCACGUGUUCUCAUCCUAAGGAAAUAAACUGUGACCGCAUUAGUUUUGGUUCGUCACGAAAUAGGCGUGGGCGAAACUCACUUCUAGCUUUCGCUGGCAGGUCAAGAGAUAAAAAAAAGGCGAUCAACUAAUAUGGGACGGAUGCUUUACAAUAAUAACAAAAAGUGUAGGGGUUAAAUUUACAAUACUCACAUCUUCUUGGACUGUAAAUGAGUCUUUAAUAAAAACCCUCAUAUACAUAGAAUAAUAAUAAUUAAAAAUAAAUAAAUCAAUAACAAAUCUUUAUUUACCAAGGAAAUCAAGAAUUUAAAACCCUAGUAUCUCUUCACAAAAAUCCCUUUACAGAAUCAUUCUUCAAGAGUAAGUGAUCGAAAAUGAGUGGAGCAGGAGAGAAAGGACCAGCAACCACCAAGACUCCAGCAGACUUUCUCAAGUCUAUUCGUGGACGACCUGUUGUUGUUAAAUUGAACUCUGGCGUUGACUAUAGAGGUAUCCUGGCCUGUUUAGAUGGAUACAUGAAUAUAGCAAUGGAGCAAACUGAAGAAUAUGUAAAUGGGCAAUUGAAGAACAAAUAUGGCGAUGCCUUCAUACGAGGAAAUAACGUGCUUUACAUCAGCACAUCGAAGAGGACACUGGGCGAGGGAGCUUAACUCACGCACACAAGCGACUGGCCCUCGCCAUCCUGGCUGCUUUUAUCCUGCAACUGGCCUUUCUCAACAUGUCCAUCAAGUUUCCUCUGAAUGUUGUAAUUUCUGUAGGCUUUGCUAGAUCAUGAAUGUUAUCUUGACUGCUAUUUCUUUACUGAGUCGAUGACAUUUUUCGCAUCGCCAAGAUCAAGAAAUAGCAACCUUUCAUUUUGGAUCUGAGUUUUUGUUAAAGCAGUUUGAUACUGACUUUAUUUUGGAUAAUAGAUGCAUAUAUAAUUUUCUUGUCU